AGGAAAUUGGCAGCGUUGGGUUGCACAGGAUAGAUCCCGCAUCUGGAAUGUGGGUUCUAUCGGCAUCCCAUUGACGCCUUGCACGCGAGUCUCUCAAUGCUGGACCCAAGGAUCGCAUAGAAGCAGCAAGAUGAUGUCACUGAGAUAUAAUCUGGCCUGGAGGGGGAAUUCGCCGUGCCCACUCUGCUUCUUGGUUCGAUUGACCGUCCAGGUUCCAUGAAAGAGUAUUCGACCUUCGUUUACCAACGUGUUUGAUGGUAUAUAGGAGGCCUCCAAGCCGCACGACCGCGACUACCCCUCUCGCCCAUCUUCAUCUUCCUCUCAAUCUGCUCGAUCGCACUUUCACCGGCCAAGACCCCGCGCAAUGGCAGGCCGCAUUGAUGUACACCAUCAUUUUCUUCCUGCCGCUUACGUGCAAGCUCUCGACAAAGUGGGCGGCGACCCUUCCGGUUUUCCCACCCCCGCUUGGUCCAUUGAAGCCGACCAACGGCUUUGCAAUGACUGUGCUAUCGACACGGCGAUCCUCUCGGUGACCGCGCCCGGCGCGGCCAUUCUGAAAGGAGCCGAGGCCUCGCAGCUGGCCAGAGAAUGCAACGAGUAUGCCAAAUCUUUGCGGGACCAGUACCCGAACAAGUACGGGUUCUUCGCUACGGUGCCCGACAUUCUCGAUACCCCGGUCGCCUUGGAAGAGGUUCGAUAUGCUCUGGACGAGCUGCAGGCCGACGGAGUGACCCUUUUCACCCGCUACGGAACCGGCAAUUACUAUCUGGGCCACCCCGAGAUCCGUCCCAUCUGGGAAGAGCUGCAUCGCCGUUCCGCAGUCGUGUUUAUCCACCCUACCCAUGCAGUGGACACCAACCUCGUCAACCCAAUGCUUCCGCAGCCUUUCGUUGACUAUCCGCAUGAGACUACGCGCACUGCGGUCGACCUGAUCACCACCGAUACCGUCCGCCAAUACAGCAACUGCAAGAUCAUCCUCUCCCACGCGGGAGGCACCCUGCCUUACCUUGCCGUGCGUCCCGCGGUGGCUGGGAACGACUGCGGGCUCUGUAACAUGACCCCCGAGCACUUUCUCGAAAAUGCACGCAUGUUUUACUAUGAUUUGGCACUGACCGAUGCGACCUAUGCGCUGCCCCUUUUGCGGGAAUUCGCCUUGCCCGACCACAUCCUUUACGGCAGCGAUUUCCCAUAUGCGCCAGUCCCUUCGAUCAAGUUCUUCAGCGACGGUCUGGCUCAGGCUGACCUGGGCAGUGACAUGGACAAGAUCAAAUAUGGUAACGCCCGGAAGCUGUUCCCCCGCCUUCGUGCUCCUUGAACAUAUAAACCUGUCCGAGAGUGAUGAUUCCUGUCCCUAGCCUGAAGAUAGGGAACGCACAAUUCAUGGAUAUAAAUCUGUUGAUAGUAACAACAAUGAGGUCUUCCCGAGAUUUCCCCUGAUCGAUGGAUUGCGUAGCGUUUUCGCGUGGUGGAAGGCGGGGUCUAUGUUUCUGCAUACCUAUUUUGGGUUGGAUUACGCCCCGUUGUGGGUCCUAUAUGGGGUAUCUAUCAUAGGACCACAUACAUUGUACCCUCAGAUCCCAACAAGUCCGCUUCCUGGAGGCGCAAUUUGCUGCCAUUGACUAUAUCAUCUAGGCUCGCUAGUUCUCUUAGUAACCCAAGCAGCUCCUCAGGACCGUCUCAGC